UAGAGAGUUAUCCUCUCUUUCCUUUUAAGCCAAGCAUAGUCUCCUUUGAUUCAAAUACAACUCAAGCCUGCAGCACUGAAGUCCCAUUCAUCCAACACCAUGGGGAAGGUCAUCAAGACCUUGAGGAAAUCCAUCAAUGCCUUUCUUCAUUUCUACCACUCCCUCGCCUCCAUUGCUGCCAUCCUCAUCUUCCCUUUCUCUGCAUCAGUCAUCCUCUCACAAUCACUCUCCCCCUCUUACUUCCCAAUCCUCAGAACUCUCUACCAUCGCAUCCGACUUCUCUUCGAGGCUGCCGGCUUUCCGGCCACCUCGCAAUUCUUCUCCCUCCUCAACCUCAAGCUAUCUCAAACCAUCUUCUCCUUCACCGCAACUCUUCCCUUCACACUAACCUUACUUCUCCUUGCCAAAGCCUCGGUGAUCCUCAUCGUUAAAGAAUUCCCUUACAAAAGAUUCACACCACCUCCAUUCUCCUCUCUCCUUCGGCUCUUCAGCUUUCUGCUACCAACUCACCUCUUCAAUUCAUUUAUCAUCCUCUCUGCAAAUGCUGCUUUCUUCUCUAUAAUCUUCCUUGUCUUCAACGUUGUUGAUGCUCUGUACAUCUCUUCUGUCAAUGUUAUCCUUGUUCUUUCAGCUGGAAGCGCUAUUCUCUAUUCAAUUGUGCUUGCAAACACAAUGGUGGUUUGUAAUCUUGCAAUCGUUGUUGCAGCAAUGGAGAGUUGUGGAGGGUAUCUUCCAAUCCUGAAGGCUUGUGUUCUUAUCAGAGGGAGGGAGGCCACUGCUAUAACAUUAGCUUUGCCUGCAAAUUUGGCAAUGGCUGCAAUAGAAGCACUGUUUCAAUACAGGAUAAUGAAGCCAUGGCAGAAUUCGAGGAGUUUUAGUGUUUCAGUUAUUUGGGAGGCCUUCUCAAUCACUUAUAUGCACUCACUCCUCAUAGUUAUUGAUGUCAUCAUCAACUGUAUGUUAUAUAAGAGUUGCAGGAAAAGUAGCAGGUCUAGUAGCUGGGAGAGUGGAGUCCAUUACCAUUUGGAAUUAGACCCAGAGGAGAAGGAGGAUUUAGAAGCAUGAAUGUUGAGAGAUACAGAACUUUCUAUGAGUUUUCAUUUUAAAUAGAAUACAUUAGAGUUGAUUGAAUGGAAUGAACAUAUAUGUGUGCGUGUUUGUGGCCUAAUUGUGAGCCUUUAUUGGAGGUGUACAGAGUUCUUCCUCCUGCAAAGAAAAAGAAAAAGAACAGAAGGAGAAGAAAAGGGAGAUGGAAA